AUGGCAGACUUUUGGGUCUCACGGGAUGCCCACGGGAGGGGAGGGACGGACACAAAACGACAGCGGCGCAGAACCUCGGGUUUCCCUCUCUAUGUCCGCCGUCUAGAACAGAGACUUCAGACACUAGAGAACUCUGUCAGUGCCGACUCCAGAUGUAUACUACAGGACCCCCGGCCGCCUGAUGUUGCCCUGAUAGCGCGUAACCCCAACGACUUUCAGCUACGAGGCGACACGGACCUGAACCACCCGUCCGAGGCCAUGGCUGAAGAGGGCCAUUUCCGUACAGAAGCAAAGGCCAUGGGAAAUCCCCAUGACUAUCAGCUUGGCGACGCGAGUCUAAGCCACCAGUCAGAAGCCAUGGUUGAAGAUGAUAUGGGACGCACCACCCAAGUCAACACCACGAUUGACCCCAAUGACUGUCAGCUAGGCGACGCGAGUCUGAAUCAUCAGCCAGAAGCAAUGGUUCAAGACGAUUUCCGCACUAAUGCAAACGUCAACUCGGUAGCUGUAGAUCCUUGUCCUCAGCAGUACCAGCAAACGAGUCACGACAAGGCACCGCAGGCGCCCGCAAAUUUUGUCGAGGAGCUUCGGAAUUUGUCCCUGGAAGCUACCGCCGAACGGCAUCUCGGAUCCACGUCUGGUCUCUCGUUUGCCAAGCUCACCCAGUCGGUGCUGCGGCGACUGACGCCGGACAAGGCGGACUUUGUCUUUAUCAAUUACCAAGAAAACACGGCCAAUGCUUCACUGUUUGAUCUGGAUUCACCAUCUGACGUUUUUGGUGAAUCUGUAUUGCAAGGCUUGAGUGAGUCUGUAUCCGCACAUCCCGUUCUCUUUGGCGACCUCUUUCUCGCCGAUUUCACGGAAUCGGAUAGCAGCGCCCUGAGCGCAGUGGCCCUGCCGAGCGACCAACGCCACAUACGUCGGCUCGUCAACUUUUACUUUGCGCAUUCUCACACACUAUACCCCAUACUCAGACGGUCCGACGUCAUGCGGACACUGGACAAGAUUAGUGGGAAUCCGCACAAGCUGGACGACCAACCGCCUCUCGAGGUGUUUCGCCUCUGGAUGGUACUCGCCAUCGGAUCAACAGCGUACUCGUCCAUCUCACUAACAGAAGAGUCCGAGUCUCGCUUGUACUUUAGCAAGGCUUUGCAGUACUCGGAGCUGUCUCUGGGGGCUGAUGACAUGGAUUUCUCAGCCAUAGAUGACGAUGAAGAUUGCGCUGAUGGUACCCCACAAGACGUAGGACAGCCGUCUACUCUUGUGGCGCCUCUGCAUAUUCUCGCCUUGCGCAGAAUCGCAAGCAAAAUCUCGAGAGAGAUUUACUCGGUCGGCAAGGCGGGCGCAUACAUGACGGAAGAGCAGCGCGAGGAGACGCUGUCCCGCCUCCACCAGGAACUGCUCGAGUGGCGCCGCAACCUGCCGUUCCCGCUGCCUGAUUUCGAGGACAAGGUCCCUCAUCUGACGACGACGUGGUACGACUUUAACUAUUACACCCAUCUCGCCAUGAUCUAUCGCCCGUCGCCGCUGUGCCCUGUCCUGAAUGUCAAGCGAAUCAAGAUUCUCGAGAAUGCAGCGUGCAUGUCGAUCCGGCAAGCCUACAGCAUGCAUCAACAAGGGCGGCUGGCGUACAACUGGCUUAAUUUUCUAGCCUUGUUCACGUCGACGAUAUCGCUCGUGUACGCCGUCACUGCGCAGCCAAAAGACUUGCCUACCGUCCUGUCCGAGACUAGGGUGAUUGAAGACCUGGAUCUUGUGCUCAAUCUGUUUGGUACCCUUGGCAUAAAGUUUUUGGCAGCUACCAAGAUUCGGGACAUGAUCCAGGAAAUCUCAACAAGAUACAAAUCCAUUCUGGCUGAACACAGUCAGUACCGGGGAUCAUCCGGCCUUGUGUAA